UCAGUUGAAUAGAAAGCAUCGGUGACAAAAUGGCCAGAGGAUUUAUUCAGAGAGCAAAACUUGCCUUUUUAGUGUGCUUCGGAUUCUGUUGCUCUUCCAUUAUUGCGGCCUCAAGCGAAAUAAAAUGUGGGUUACGGAAUAUUGAGUUGAUUAAGAAGCAAUCCAAGUCUUAUGCCUUGUCAAUAGAAGAAAGUCCUAGUGAUUUUGGAGAAUAUCCCUGGACCAUUGAUAUAUCGAAAAAUGAUCAGCCAUAUUGUGUGGGUUCUCUCAUACAUCCCAAGGUAGUGCUAACAAGCCGUUCUUGUGCCAUUAGUCUGAAUUCCAACGAUUUUAUGGUUAGUGCUGGAGUCUGGGAUCGUGAAGGCGACAACUGGCAUUUUUUAGCUCAAUCCAGAGGUAUUGAUAAAAUCAUAGCAGAUCCUGUUCUUAUUCCUGGAGGUCAAGAAGUGUCUUUGCUGUUUCUCAAAGAACCAUUCGCAUUGGCAGCUCACAUUAACACUGUGUGUUUGCCACCCUCGGACUAUGUCAUUGGAGAAUCGAGAUUUUGCUAUGGCUCUGGCUGGGGAGGAUAUAAAGUUUAUUCUUCAGGAAAUCGUGUAAUGAAACGAAUCCUCAUGGUCACUGUGGAUAGUGAAACAUGUAAAAAUCAAAUGUUUAAAAACAUCAAAAACUCCAUAUUUUGUGCUGCUGGUCUCAGUGGCAAUGAUACAACCUGCCUUCGAGAUUUAGGAGGUCCCUUGGUUAGUCGUAUUUCUUUGCAACCUCAGACUCCGGAUCAGUAUCAUCAAAUUGGUAUAAUGCUGUUUGGAAAAGAUUUGUGUUUUAGUGAAACUCCUGGUGCUUAUAUAGAUGUAGCCAAAUCCAGAGUAUGGAUUGAUAAGAAAAUGAAGGAAAAUGGUUUGGAUUCUACAACAUAUACAGCUUAGAAAAAUGUAAAUAAAAUAUAAAAACAAUAG